AUGGGGCGAUCCAAACACGGAGAGCAAGUCGGCUGCCACGUGAAUGACAAUGACACAUCCGCAGCUUCCUUCGUUAUCGGCGCGAGCGUGUCGUCGACCGGGGAAGGCGCGAUCCAGAUUGUUGACACGAUCCUGGUUGUCCCAGGCAACGAUGCUGAUGUAAUCGAGAUAGUACACGUGACUCUGUCCGAAUGGAGAUGA